AUGGAGAGUGAAGAUAACAACGCGACUCCCUCGCCCUCAGCGGCUGAGGCGCGCCGCCGCUCGGGACGCGUCGUGAGAGCUCCUCAAAAAUACAUUGAAGAAGUCCAUACCGACACGUCGUCCAAGCGCAAGCGGGCGCGCGACCAUGAUGAAGACGCCGAGAACCAUGAGCCAAACGAUUCCCUGGAGGAAGCCAGCGACGAAGAACCCGCUGAAGACAGCGAUGCCGACCUCGUGCCCAGACAGAAGAAGUCAAAGUCCAGAACAAAGAAACCCGCCGCAAAGAAGCCAAAGAUCAAUGGCGAUGCGCCCGCCGAAGCUGCACCCGCGCAAGCGAAAGCCUUGCAAUUGCCACAACGACCCAAGAAAUCAGUACGCGUCGCGAUUGCGCGAAAAGACGGCGAUGGCCUUUAUGCCGAGAUCUUCAGCUCUGGAGACACACCCAACGAUGUGGCCGCCCAUUGGUUCCAGCGAUAUGUUGAGAACGACGCUGCAGCCUUGACGGACUUGGUUAACUGCGUGUUGCUUGCAACAGGUUGCGACCAGUCCUUGACCGAGGAUGAUAUUCGUGAUCCAGAGAACUCAGCAAAUAAGCUCUCAGAACUGGAGGAAGCCUUCGAGCAGACAAGUAUAUCGGAGUACCCCCUGAUCUCCAGAGCCAAGAGCAGCAAGGACUUCCGGCAGCAGUUGAUUGCAUUCUUUGAUUCGCUUAUCGCUCUGCUUCACCAAACCGACACGCUCUAUCAAGACACCGAGCUAUUGGACAACAUUCAGCGUUGGAUUGGUAUCAUGUCAUCCUCCUCCCUCCGCCCAUUCCGGCAUACCGCCACAACUAUCGGACUUGCUUUGCUGGGCGCAAUGGUCACGGUGACGAGACAAUUAGACGAUCGAAUUAGCAAGUCGAGUCAAGCUCUCCAAGCCGAAUCCAGCCGAAGAGGCAAGAACAAGGGGCUAAUAGCGAACACGCAAAAGGCCCUGGAUACGGCAAAUGAAAACCGCCAAUUGAUUGAUGAGAAGGUCAAGGAAUUUUUCGACAUCAUUUUUGUCCACCGUUAUCGUGACAUCGAUGCCAAGAUUCGGGCCGAAUGUAUCGAGGCGCUUGGUGACUGGAUUUGUACCUUGCCCACGGUUUAUAUGGCCCCAGAGUACCUACGGUACUUGGGAUGGCUUCUUUCUGAUGUAGCUCCUACGACACGCUUGGAGGUGCUGAAGCAACUGGGUCGUGUCCUUAAGCGCGAUGCCGGAAAACUUGCGCACUUCAUCGACAGGUUCAGACCCCGCUUGGUAGAGAUGGCAACCAAGGACCACGAUCUAUCAGUCCGCGUUGCCGCUGUUAGCGUCGUUGACAUUUUGCGAUCAUCAGGCAUGCUCGAGCCACAGGAGAUUGACAGCAUUUGCAAGCUGCUUUUCGAAGCUGAACCAAGGGUCCGCAAAGCCGUCGUUCCUUUCUUUGUUGAACUGAUAGAAGAGGUAAUUGUCAACAAGAUCGACGAAAUAGGCGGAAGUGAGGCCCUUGAUGAGGUUUUUGGUGACGGAUCAGAGGCAGAUUACGAUCAACUGCACAAGGUCUGGAUCAACGUCAAAGCCCUGGCAGAGAAUUUGGCGGUGUACAAUGCACAAUUGGAUGAAGAGCAAGACGAACUUCGCCAUGGCCUGGAUGUGGCAGCCGAGGUUGUCAAUGCCAACAUACCCGAGAGUCGAAUUAUCCUAGCAACUCAAGCUCUAUAUGAGAAGAUGCCAGAGAUCAGCAACUGGCAAAGUCUUGCCGGUUAUCUUCUAUUCGACCAUACGACGAGCUCAAAAUCCAGAUCCAAAUCCAAGGGCAACUCAAUCGAGGCGGCAACUCGCAAGGCGGUUGCACCUACGUCUGAAGAAGAGUCAAUUCUCGUCGAGGUUCUUGCUACUGCUGUCAAGGAAAGCCUCACACAGUCGAACGAACAUGACCGAUCCAGGAAGCGGACUGGACGCCUUGAUAUCGACGGGCAAGAGGACACAGGCGUGCAACUUGCAGAUAUCAUCCCCAGAUUGCUCAAUAAGUAUGGUUCGGAUCCCCAUCUUGCUAGCGUAAUCCUGCGAUUGGAGCACUAUCUCGAUCUGGAUGUAUUCCGGCAACUUCGCCAAAAUUCGGCAACAUACGACAAGCUGCUAGAUGCAGUCACGGUCCAGUUUAAUCGCCACGUAGAUCAGGCGGUCCUCAACGAGGCAGCCACUGCACUGCUACACGCAAGACGUUACGACGAGCUAGAGGAACUGACGGAUAGCAAGCUGGCUGUUCUCUGGGACAACAGCUUGAAUGCCUUGAGGACGUUUGAAAAGACCUGCGAGCUAUCAGUGCGCGGAAACCUGGAUCGCGCUGGUCUCGCUGAACUGGCCAACGUUUUGAAAAAGAUCAGCAGUCUGACUGCCAUAUCGGAUUGCGUUGAUGUUCUUGAAGCUCCAGGAACUGCUGAUGACUUCAACGACCCAAUCAUCAAGAUUCUGGUUGACAUUGUACAUCGAGGCCUUCUGAAGGAGCCCGAUGACCACCUUGAUGACCCGGAAGAUGAGGUCGUAGCAUUUGCCAUCAAGUCCUGCCUUGUCUAUUUCAUGUGGAAAGUGUCAAGAUUGAAGACUGCGUUACAAAAAGAGGAGGACAUUCCGAACGAAGAGGCCAGCAACCUCGUUCAUUUACGCAAGACGUUUGUGACCAACUUGAUCCAUACGUUUUCUUCUCGUGGAUUCAAUGACGACCUCCGUCUCUCUGCCACGGGAACAGCCUGCGAUACUUGCGCCCUCUUCGUCUUCCUUCGACCUUACAUCAAGGGUCCACAAGCCGCCAAGUAUGGAAAGCUGAAGGGUCUCUUAGAGGAACUGCCCUCGGGCUUGAUACCUGCUGAGAUCAUUCCGAUUUUUGAUGCUGCUGAACGGGCAUAUGCGCAACGCGCCAAUAAAGCCAAAAACCUCGCGACGGCCGACGAUGAGGAUUCAGUCAACGAUGAUGAUGCGCCGCCGGAGGAUGACGAGGAUGAGGAGCUCACUGGACAAGAGAAGCAGGCAGCAGAGCUCAAAGCGGAAAAGAUCCUUUGCGACUUAACAGGCAGACUUGUGCUAGGCAUAAUUGCCAAAGUCGUCGAUGCUACAGGCCCUCAUGCUGGAAAACUAAAGAAGCGCAUCCUCCGCAACAAGACUAAGUUGGGCCCCAAUUUCAAGGAAGUCGUUGCCUUCCUGGAUGAAGAUCACCUCAAGGAGAUGCGUGGAGAGGGCAAGAAAAGGUCUGCACCAAAGAAGAAGGAAGGCACACAGAAGCCUGCAAAGAGUGCAGAGCUGGUAAUCGACGAAGAUGACGAAAGCGACAAUCCGUUUGGCGAAGACGAACCAGAGGAAGGUACGGAGCAGGAUCUUCGGAACAGAGAAUUACUUGAUGACCCAAUCGAAGACGACGAUGAGGACGAUGAGAGGCCACCAGAGCCAAUGGAGGAGGAUAGCGUGAUAGGUGACUGA